AUGACAUUAUCGAACAACUGUGAAAAUAAUUUGCCUACGACAAGUGAUGUAAAUGAAAACUCUAGUUGUAAUUUAGAAUCGUUGUAUUGCUCACAUCUUUGGUCUAACAGCAUCUUAAGAAAGGCAAUCAUAAAUGCACCAUUAAUAGAUAAUAGAGUUACAAAAUAUUGUUCUACAUGUAGAGGAAAGAUAAGAAAUUAUGAAGUGAAAUCGCUUAAUGAAACAUUUUUUCCAAACAAUUAUUCUACGCCAAGAGAGAAAAUUGGUUCAAAAAAAGUGGAAUCCAAUUUUGAUGAACUAGAAAGAAUAUCUUGUUGUAAUGAUGGCAGUUACAUCAGAAAUAAUUUAUAUGAUGAUGAAAAUCCCAAUUUAAAUAGAAGUCAAUGCAUUCCAACCAUUUCUCAAGAAAUUGAUUCUAGUAUUCUACACAAAUUUAGAUGUACUUCAUAUGAUACACGUUCUAGUAAUUUAAGCCAGAGAAGAUUGCGUAAAAGUUUAAAAGGCAUAGGGUGUUUAAUAGAUUUCACUUUGACUGAGAGUUCAAUUAAAAAAAGAACGCAAAUUCAAAUCUGCUCAAUAAGUAUAAUGAUUGUAGCAAUUGUUAUAAUUAGUUUAAUUUUAGUGAAUUUUACAUCACUUAAAGUAACAGAUGCCACCGAUAUUAUUAGUACAAACUCAGUGCCAACAUACAAUAUAAACUUGAAUGAAUCAACUUCAGCAACUGCUAGUAUUUAUUCAAAGUUUCCUUUGACGACCACCGAUACGGUCACAGAAUUUAUUUCCACAUUAAAACCGUUUCCUGUUACAACUACAAGAAAAUUAUCCCAUAUAUCUAAUAUUAUACCAAAAAUUCGAAAAAACAUUAAGACGUAUCCCAAAGACAGGAAGAAAAAUCAAAGUAAUGAAAAAUUUAGAGACGUUAUAAACGCUGAAAAUAUAUCACAAAAAUUUUGCUCGUGCCAAAGAAAUGAAGUGUGUAUGUUGGAAGAAAACAGUGGGACAUCAGUUUGUAGAACUGCAAUAGAUCUUAAUGACCCGACAGGUUGCGGUGGAUUGUGUGCAUUAGAGACAGAAGCAUGUCACUUAGUGGACAAAUCUCGUGGAGUGCGUGUCUGCCGCUUAUUGUCACUAGCCACGUGCUCUGCACAAGAGUGGCGCUGCCGAAAUGGCUUCUGCGUAUCUGCUGAUGCCCGCUGCGAUGGUUCCAUACAGUGCUACGAUCGCUCCGACGAAAUGCACUGUGAUUGUGAUAUGACAAAGCAGUUUCGCUGCGGCCAGUCUAUAUCUUGUUUUUCAAAUACAAAACUUUGUGAUGGAGUAAUCGAUUGUUGGGAUGGCUUUGAUGAACUUAACUGCACUUCAGAAUGCCCCGAAGAUCAAUUUAAAUGUACAAAUGGUGAAUGCAUUGUUUCUUCACGAUUCUGCGACGGUUUAGCGGACUGUGGAGAUAGCAGCGACGAACCUAAUGGGUGCGACGGAGCCUGCAACGCCCACGAGAUUCGUUGUUUGAACAAACGCUGUAUUCCAAGGUUUACACGAUGUGAUGGACAUGAUGAUUGCGGAGACAACAGCGAUGAAUUGCAAUGUUCUUAG